GCUGUUUAGCGUAGCUCUACUAGAUAUGCUAAUUAGAGGAGCAGAUGUGCGCGUGCGUGGGCGCGCGCGCGUAGUUUGGCGUGUAUGUGUGUGUGUGUGACUGAGACGUAAGAGGAGCAAUGAAUAAUGUCUAACCGUGUUUACAGCGUGACGCCACACAAGAAAAUAUUUACUGUCUCACACAGAAUUACACCCAGCGCUGCCUUUCGUUAGCGCUGAAGCCUUUUUACAUGGCUACCGCGGUGUCACUUGGGGUUAAACUGCCUGAGUGUCAGAGCCUGACAAUAAUGAGGUGAGUGAUGUGCUGAGUACAGUGGAGCUCUCCUCACCAGCCCCAUUACCGAAGACGCGGAGAGACGUCUGAGAGUGGGGAGCAUUAGGAUGAAUGGCAGGAGCAGAGAAAGGCAGGGAUGCUCAAAUGGAGCAGAAUCUGUUCCCGUCCUGGUCAUGUAAGCCAGUCAGGCUCCCCCCACCCCGCCCCCACCCCUCCAUCCUCCCCCAGUCCACUUCCACUACAUCCACCACCAGCGCCUCCCUCACCCUUCAUCCCCUUUUUCCUGCCAGCGUCUCCCAUUUUCACUGCGCGAAAGGCCCGAGAUGGGGGCUAUUUUUAAUAAAAAUGAAAAAGCCUUGUUGCAGCGGCGCGUCUCGAUGCAGAGCGAAGUGAGACUGAAACAGCGAUUUGCAAUUUAGAGCUAUGUCACCACUCAUCAUUCCGUCCCGAGCCGGCAAACAGCAAAUCGCCCCUCACGCUUCCAUCGUCUACCCCUGCCUUACAUUUCACACAUAUCUAAUUCGUACUUAUACUCUAAAGACUUCAAACAACAGUGGAUGGCGUGCACUGCUGGCAACAUGGUUUUGGAUCAGAGCUGGCAGAGAGAAGGGUAAGCUCUGUUUGCUAAUGCACAAAAGCUGAGCAAGACAAAAAGAGAAGUGUUUGGAGGAGCCACUGCUUGUAUUUUGCCUGAUUUCAGAGGAUGCCAAACAGAUGCAGAUGCUCAGCACGAAGCAUUACAUAUGGAUGACUUGGUGUAAUUGAUGUGCAAAAUGCAACAAAAAAAACAUCCAAGGAUGAAUUUCCUUUAGAGGAAACGGUGACGUAAGCACAGCAGAGAUGACUUAAUAGUUCUUAGGAUCACACGCGUAAAUUGACUCUGUUUUCCAGCUUACUUUUUAGAAAGUAGGUCAGUAUGUGGAAGGAAGGAAGAGCAUUAGUUUCAUUUCCAUGUGUCAGUCCUCUCAAUGAGGAUAUAUCACACAGUCUUAUGGCUCAUAUAAUACAGUGCCAUCAAAGGCAUGUGCUUCACUAUAGGCCCACUCUGAGCUUAUUUGCAUCUAAAUUAGCACAGAGUGGGUGUAAACUUUCACUGUGCAUUUAUUUAGUGAGAUGAGGCCAGAGGAUUUAGCUUCAUAAGUGUGCCGUAUGUGAUUUAAAUGCUCUUUAUUGAUAAUUUGCAUUGCACAGCAGGAUGCGCUGAGAAAUCUCUUAAGCGUUUUUUAGCGUUUUAACCCGGAUAACUUUGUUCAAAUUCAUUUGACGACCACAUCCCUGUGCUCCAGUGACUCAUGCGGCAUGGCGCCGCGUACGUGCGUUUGAUAAUGCGUCCCCCCGCGCACGCACAAAGUGAAAAACAGAUGUCAGAAAAUUCACAUUUGGCGGAGAAAGCCGCGAGGCAGAGUGAUGGAUGCAGGUGGGACGUGGAUGGAAGCAGCGUGACGGCAUGGUUUCACUCUUGUUAAGCUGCUGACACUUUGUAGUACAUCAGGUUUCAAAGAUCAAUGGGCCCAAUCUGACUUAAAUACUAACCAAAGUCAGAUCAUUAAACUUUUGGGAAAUGAGGACAAGUCAUUGAUUACAUUAUUUAUGAGUCUAAUUAAUUUCUUUAGGGGAACUUCUUUGACUACUGGGCAUUGAGGUAUAGGGAGACCAACUUUAGGGUUGGCAUCAAUCACCUGAUGUCCAGGCAAUUAUGUGAGACAAGGAACAUUAAAGUACCUGAGCUCCACCUCAGUGGCGGAACCGCGGGCGCCAAAUUAAUUGAAAAAUUUUAAGACCACACUUACCUUUGCGAGAAUGUCUUAGUGAUCAAUAAAGGGACAGAAACACAACAGCAAUGAGGAGAAUAUGACAACCAGGUACAAAGGUAAUCUUUUAUCAGCCUGUAAUGGUCCUAGUUUCUAUGCAAAACACAGCUAUUUUACAGCUUGAUUAAAACAGAGCUGUUCGAGAAGAUGAAAAAUGCCCAUGCUUCCAGAUUUUCACCUUUUAUGUGAAGACAGCAUGUCUACUGCAGGCAAGUGGCAGAGCAGGCGGUUAAAUGAAGAUUUGCUCUGGGAAGAAGAAUCCCGAUUCACAAGAAGAUAGAAGAUGGGCCGUCACGAAAACCUGCGUGUGAUCAACCAGCCGGCCGCUCUUUGAGACAAACGGAUCAGUAAACCUCAGCCAUGGCAGCACGAAUCGUGCUUCUUCUUUUUUUAUUAAGUAAAGGAGAAGGAAAUGCCAAUUUAGUGGCUGCUGCCCUUUUAGAAGAGGAUCGGGAUCUGCAAGAAAUGUCAAGCAAAACACAAGUUUUACCUCAUCCAUACUCCAUGAAUAACUUUUUUUGGAGUAGGAGAGAAUUGGAAGGCCAACCCCAGAUUAAAAAGGAUGAUAAAAGGACUCUGCCAAAUGUGACUUUUAGACUAAAUGACAGGGGACCUAAGGAAUCUGACUUUAAGAACACAGCAAGGCAAACAGCAGAACCUGCUGCCAAAUCUCCAAUAGCUAAACAUAGUCCUGAACUCAGGCUGAACCUAGUGAAAAUGAGCAAUCUGACUAAUGGAGACAUUCAAGGUGUAAUCAAUGGUCUCAGUCUAGCUCUCGGUUCAGAUGAGGAGCACGGUCCUCCGACUGAGCUGCACUUGGAGACAGGUGUCGGUGACGUUCCGCCUGAGAGGACGCGGGGCCGCUCUAAGUGGGUCAAGGAGUCUGAAGACGGGGGGUCGCGGCCUCGCUCCCGCUGCCGGAGGAGCUGGCUCUGGAACCAGUUCUUUGUGAUCGAGGAGUACCAAGGGCCCGAGCCGGUGCUUAUUGGACGGCUGCACACAGACAUGGACAAAGGGGAUGGACACACUAAGUAUAUGUUGGAAGGCGAGGGCGUGGGGUCCGUGUUUGUUAUCGACAGCAACACGGGCAACAUACACGUGACCAAAGCCCUGAACCGCGAGGAGAAGGACCAGUACCGACUCGUUGCAACGGCUACGGACCGAGAGACCGGCCGGGCCCUGGAGCCCUCCUCUGAGUUCAUCAUCAGAGUGCAAGACAUCAACGACAACCCGCCCGUCUUCCCCAACGAGCCGUAUGUUGCUUCAGUGCCAGAGAUGUCCAACAUAGGUACGUCCAUAGCCCAAGUCACAGCCAGAGACGCUGAUGACCCAACUUAUGGAAACAGCGCCCGGCUGGUGUAUGCUAUAACUCAGGGCCAGGACUUUUUCUCCGUGGACCCUCAGACAGGCGUCCUGCGAACGGCUGUCCCCGACAUGGACCGAGAGACUCAGGAUGAAUACCUGGUCGUCCUCCAGGCCAAAGACAUGGGCGGGCACCUGGGCGGACUAUCAGGGACCACGACGGUUACUGUGAAGCUGAGCGAUGUCAACGACAACCCGCCUCACUUCAGACGGAGUGCGUGGUCGUUCUCUAUAUCUGAGCUUGCAGCACCAGGUGUGGAGGUGGGCCGUCUCACCGCCACUGAUCCUGAUCUGGGGGAAAAUGCACAGCUGGAGUUUACCAUUCUGGACGCCGAAGAGGCUGAAACGUUCAACAUAAGCGGAAGAGGCAGGGAGGCUGUCAUCGUGCUGAACAAGCUGCUGGAUUACGAGGCCCGCAAUUCCUACACUUUCUCAGUGGAGGUUGCCAACCCCAUAGUGGAUCCCCGGUACCUAAGGAAAGGUCCCUUUAAGGACCAGGCAACAGUCCGGGUCAUGGUGCUAAAUGCUGAUGAGCCGCCGCGCUUCUCCCAGGCUCGGUACCAUCUGGACGUGUCUGAGAACUGCCCUCCCGUCUGCUCUGUCGGCCGGGUCUACGCCGUGGACCCAGACACGGGGCAAAGCACCAAUAUCAGGUUCUCAAUCGAUCCCCAGUCGGAUCCGGAGGCUCUGUUCCGCAUCGCAGCUGACACGGGCUCUAUAAGCACAGUGAUGGAGUUGGACCGUGAGCAGGAGCAGUGGCAUAAUAUCACUGUCAUUGCCACGCAGAGGGACAAUCUAAAUCUUGUGUCAAGGGUUGUGGUUGCCAUAGAGACACUAGACCAGAAUGACAAUGCACCCGAGUUGGACAGACAGUACACAACAUCUGUAUGUGACUCCAGUGCCCCUGGCCAGGUUGUUCAGGUUCUGAGAGCCAUCGACAGGGACCAGGGAGGGCAGGAGACCCCGGUUCACUUCAGCAUCCCUCCGGAGUCGACCUCUGCCCUCAACCUCACCAUCAGAGAAACUGGAGGUGUGACAGCGAGCCUGGUGCUCCAGUCAGCCUUGGAGCCUCUUCCUGGUUUCUCGUCUUCCCUUCUCGCCCUGUAUGUGCCAGUUGUGCUGCGUGAUGGCGCCUCAGGUCUGACCAACACUGGCACAGUUACUGUGACCAUUUGUCCCUGUCUGCGAGGGGGCAUGCAGACGGAGGAUCGGGGGAGACAGAAGGACAGGACAUGGGAGACUCACUCGGUUUGUCUGCCUGUGACCUCCACUUCUCCAUCCCUCAUAUUCAGCUUGGUCACCCUAUUAGCCAUGCUGGCUUGUGUCACCACUCUGCUGGUGGUGUGUGCACUGUCACUGUCAUUGCGCCAUCAGAAGCGAGACUCCCACUCACCCUUCGAGGAAGAUGAUGUCAGGGAGAACAUCAUAUCCUACGAUGAUGAAGGGGGAGGGGAAGCGGACACGGCAGCUUUUGACAUCACAGCGCUGCAGAGCAUGCACAGAAUACAGCACAUGCACAACAGGAACAUAUGGUACACGCAGCAGAAUCAGCCGAGGGCCAGGACGUACAGCUGGAGCCGUAACCCUCACUCUGGCCUGGACCCUCAGCAGCGACCAGGCUCCGCUCCGCUAUACGGACGCCUGUGCUACGGCAUCCACACACUGCCGGUUGUUAGACAGUACGCAGCGGGGCCACUGGAAGCAGGCCUGCAGCUAUCGCAGCUGACCCCCGUGCUCAGCUCGGGUCCUGCUGGCAGUCCCCUCGUCAUCCAGGAACAGAGCACCUUCAAGUCUCUACUGCGCUCUCCUGAGACCAGCUCUGGCAGUCAUGAAGCAGAGCACGUGCAGAUAAAGAACAAAAUCACAGACGGUGAAGUCAAACCUGUUGAUACAAGAGAGAAUCAGGACCAGGCCAAGAUAAAGUCAACAGAGUUGGAGUCGACACCAGCAGACAACGCUGCAAAUGUGACUUACAGUGACCUACAUGAGUCCUCGUGCCAAAGUCACACUAACUCCACAUCAAACCAGCAAGAGGGACGACCGGGGUCAUCGCAAACUCUGAUCAGCACUGGAGCCACCAGCUUCUCCGUAGAUGACAUUGAUACUGAUUCGUCUAUUCCCUCCCUUUCAGAGCAAAAUUAUCCAACUUGCAGUCAGAUCAACUCUGGAAAAUCUUCAGUACACCUGAAAGGAGACACGUACAGCAUUGUGGGCUCGCUUAAUCCAAAUAGCAGAGGGACGUGCAUGAACGGGACUAGCGGCACCGGGUUGUACCCAGCGGGGGUGCAGCUACUGAGCACGUGCGGACUGCAGAGAAAGGAUGUGACAGCGCAGCAUUUGCCCUUACCAGGGGUGAUGUUUGGAAACAACAGAGGCUGGGCACUGGGGACUGAGCCCGCGAGAACAAUAGCCGCCAGCCCACAGCCUCUCCAAAUGGAAGAGCUCCUGAAUUUCCGUCUGGACCAGGUCACCUUUGACCUGUCGCAGCCGCCCUAUGACUCGCUGCAGACUUAUGAGUUCGAGGGCCGUGAUUCAAGGGCUGAGUCACUGAGUUCACUGGAGAGCGACGGAGAGAAGGACGAUGGGAGGGUGGUGGGAGGGAUGGAGGAGCUAAACCAGAAGUUUCAGAGGCUGGUGGAGAUCAUCCAGGAGAGGGAGAAAGAGAAGGAAGGAGGGGAGACACGGGUGGCUGGGGGAGGCGAGACUGCACAGGCUCCUCUCAAAGAAAGCCAUAAACAAACCAGGAACAAAGAAACAGAGCAGCAGAAAUGGGAUUUCUAGACUGCAAUAAAAGACAGAUUGGGAAGGGAGGACUUGUCUGACAGUGAUGGAUUUUAAACACAGCAGGGGUGGCAAACUUCAGCGGCGCUGACAGGAGCUUGCUUGUUUUUCCCCCCCUACCAGGAAAAACCCUGGACGCUGACAGUAUAGUCAAGACUUGUGCUAGAAUCAGUGCACAAUGUAUACACACCACUAUGUUUAGAGAACACGUAUGAAAUCUGUCACUUUUCACUCUCCUCGUGUAACGGAUGUGAAUAAUGCACUUGGGCUUUCAAGGAUAAAAAAAGUUAUGAAAAAUUAAUUUUUUUAAAAUAUUGAUUCUGAGCUCAAAAACCCACAUUGUUAGAAAAUGGGCCUCAUUAAAUAUUGACUGAAAUCGAGACAUUUAAUAUUGAUAGUUUAAUAGAGGCACACUCACCAGGAAUCCCGGGGAUCCUGAUGCAACAUUUGCAUCUAAAUCGGAGCGUUUUUGAGAACACACCAGCGUAGCGAUGCAAGUCCACGUCUUCAUUGCCUCUUCGCUAAAUGUGGAAAUUCAUGUUGUGUCUCGCCGUCACCGUUAAAGUAGCAGAACCUGCCCGCUAUGCAACUGGACACAUUAAAAAAAUGAUUAUCUUGUCACUGUCAAAGACUAGUGUACUGUUGUGAAAGUACAGUAAAUAAUGUGGAUAUGUAGAUAAAAAUUAACAUUCGGCUUUAUGGUUAUUGCUCGAGAGCGGUUUGUCUGCAGGGGAAUGUUUACUGGAAUUUCUACGCAGGAAAUUAAGCAUCUGAUUAUGAAACAGCUGCAGAUAGAAGUUCACCAAAUACAAUGUUCCGCAUAAUUUAACCCACUCGUGAUUAUUUAUAAUUCACCAUUUCUGUUUGCUCCAUUAGAAUUAUCUCCAAAGGCGUGUUUGUCUUCCGCCGUUUAAAGGGGAACACACACACACACACACACACACACACACACACACACACACACACACACACACAAGUUGUUCCUGUGAGGAGCCAAGAACAAAAUAACCACUCGCUUUGAGAUUGUUUAAUGUUAUUAAGGCAAUCUGUCAUUUGACAAUGACUUAUUUCUAUUGCUGUUUCACAAUGGAUUUAUUAUUCAUAAUAAGGAGGAGAAUAAAAUAAUCACACUCUCUUUUCAAUCUAUGGCAGAAUUUAUCUCAUAUCCUUGCAAUUAUUUGAGUUCUCUGUCUCCCUCUGCAGUAAAGAUUAAUUUGUCAACAAACAUUCAAAUGAUAUGGUGAAGUUUGUACAAUACAUUUGGCAGAAAAUCUUCAUCAUCCUGACAAGAAAAAUGAGACAUCAGACAAAUAGCCCCCCAGAACCAUGAGACUGGAAUUCAGAGCAAAAUGAGCAGGAUUCAUUAAACUAGUUGUCAUCAUGCAGAGUGUUACCAGGAACGACAGAGAUCGCCUGGUGUUUUACUACAAGUGCAUAUUGUUGUGAGACACUUUCCUAACAGAUCACAGGAACAGGUUUAAUCCAACAAUGAACUAAAUAUACUUUCUGUAUUAGCACUUCAAACGUAGCCAGAGCCAAAAUAGGAUAACAAUGAAUUAAAAUAUGUUUGAUUUACACACCGGCUUUUAAAAGGAUACAGAGAGGGCCAAUGUGAAGUAGGGGACAGCAUCAUCAGCAACUCUGAGUGACUGGCAGUGCAAUGGUGCCACCUGAAGUUCAAUGCAUGGACUGCAUCCGUCUUUCACUGGCGCAUUGAUGAAGGCCGUUUACAGGGCCAUCUGUUGCCCACAGCACUUUCUGUUUUUUCUACUCAAUGGACAUCAGACCUACAGCAGCAACAUGUCAAGAAUGCCGGACAACAUUACAGCGGCUGAAUUAUGCGGAGAACGGCAACUGCUAAUUUUAACCAUUGAUUCAGAGCAAUAUCACAAUCAUCUGUGCAGUUUUAAUGCCAGUGCAAGUGGUUUUAAUUCAAUAAAACAUGCUGACAAACAA